AGCCGGUAUUUGCAGGGAACCUUAUCUUUUAAGUUUUGACUUCGGUGUGACGCUACUCAUACGCUAAGCAGACUACACCUACAAUGGUCAAGAUUUUCAUUGGAAAUCUCUCUCAGGAGACUGAGAAGGAGGAAAUUGAAGCUCUCUUUACCCCUUAUGGCACUGUGACAGAAUGUGCCAAGUUCAAAAACUAUGCGUUUGUCCACAUGGAUGACCGCAAGAGUGCCACCAAAGCCAUCCGAGAAUUACAUCAGUAUGAGCUGAAUGGACGGCCCAUCAAUGUGGAGCCCAGCAGAGGGAAAAACCAAGGGCCUGUAAAGCUUCAUAUAGCCAAUGUUGAAAAGGGCUUUGACAAAGAGCUCCAGGAGUUAUUUGAAGAAUAUGGCACUGUCACAGAGUGUGCCAUUGUGAAAAACUUUGCCUUUGUGCAUAUGCCCAAUUCUGAUGAGGCCAUGGAUGCUUUGGAGGGCCUGGACAACACAGAAUUUCAGGGAAAGCGCAUACAUGUUCAGAUAUCAAAAAGCAGACCGAGAGGGGGACCUGAAGAGGGGGACUAUCCGCCUCCGCCAGGCAGAGGCUAUUACCCUCCACGUUACCCAGGGGAAAGGCCUGAGCCUCCUUACAGAGCCCGCAUGUCCGCUUACCCACCUCCACCUCCGCCACCCCCUCCCCCGAGACGAGCAGUGUAUCCUGACCGUGGCUAUGGCGAGCGAGACAGCUAUGGUAUGGUCGAUUACUAUGAGAAAUAUAGAGCUCGUCCUUACAGCUCUGCAGGCUAUGAUGACAGGCGGACCAGUGCGAUCCCCCCUCCUCCGCCUCCCUCCUCUGCACUGGCACAACGUCUUGGAAUGGGGUCCCUUGACCCAUAUGAGCGCCGCCCGCUUCCCCCUCCUCCAUCUUACAUGGGCAGGGAUCGAAGCCCCAUCAGACGGGCUCCACCUCCACCCCCUCCAUCCGCGGGUAAUGGGUACUCCUACGAGCGGUCUCGGCUCUCCCCACUGUCCAAGACUCCAGCAUAUGCUAUUCCGCGGCACAGGGAUGCGUUCUCAGAAAGGUUGCCACCUCCACCACCGCCACCUCGCUAUGCAGGCUACUAGACACAUUCAAGGUUAGAAUAUGACAAGAUCGUCGUCGUCUGCUGAUGCACGUGGCGCUAUACAUCGGCCCCUUGUCUAUGGCGGAUUGCGUUGCGUUCACCUGAGACUUACUGGAAGAUACUGAAUUGCGGACAGCCCCGUCCUCUGCUUCUCUUACUGUUUAAAUUCUAAAAAUGUUUUGUUGGCUUAGGUGCCGAGGUGGUUAUACUGUUGGCCAAAAAGUUAUACUCUUUCAUUGCAAUCUUUCUAAAUGGAUAUGACAUCUGGGAAAAUGUGACAUAAUUUUAUAAGGGACGUCAUUUAUAUACAAAUACAUGCAGUCUUUGUAAACACUUACCUGCUAGUUAGUCACAAAAAUGCCCACCAAAGCAAGUUAUAAAGUGUGGAAGUUCUUCAGUAUCAUACUUGGUGUGGCAGGGUUUGCAGUUAUCUCUUUGCGACACAUGUAAGCAUGACAAAUCAGAUGUCCAAUAUGGGUUUUUCAUUUUUUCCUUUGUGUUAUCUUUUCUUGCGAGAAUAGAGUUCAUAGCAGAAUUAUGUAUGAUUUUUAUUUACAGGUUGCUUUUCAUUUGAGGGCUUUUUUAAAUAAAUGAGUGAAACCAAAAAUGACGUUUUAACUGUCAAAUUCUUCCUCGUUUGAGUGAGCCUUUUUAGUAUAAUGAUGUGGUAGAUAACUUUUUCCCCGUCUAGAAGUAUUUAAUAUUCAAGCGCUCAAGUCUGAACAAGCUUUUUUUUCCCCACAUUCUUGGGUUAGCGGCUUUAUACAUGAUGGCUGAUGUUCUCUGAAAUACGUCUAUUUCCAGUAAAAACUCCAAAGCAAAUUGACGCGUUGUCGUCUUUCUUGACCUAAACUGCCAACUUUUAUUAUAAAGUAGAAAUAAUCUCUGAGCCUCAGUUCCCUAGUGUGAAUAGUUGCUUUCCUGUUUAAGAAAGGAUUGGACUAGCUAAUGAACUCAGUAGAUGUGAAGGAGAAGAGGAAAAAAAAUUGACCACAUCUGAUUCUGGAGCUGUAGUGUUUUUAAAGGCAAGUUUAACAGCUGUUCAUUCCCCCCGCUUUACAGGAAGCUGCAUCUGUCCUUAGUGACAUCUCUUUACUAACGUUGGGUUGAUCUUGUCAGAUUUGCACUCAGUCCAGAACACAUAGAGCAUUAAUAAUUAACCAAACUUUGCGAUGACUCGCUUCUGACGUUUGCGACUAAUCUUACCUUCUGUGCUGUUGAGAUCACACUACAUUAAUUCACCCUCCAUUGUCAUAAUGCUCAUUAUGUCCUUCAUAUUUCUGCUACAAAUUGCAUGUAGUAUUGGUAUUCUUAGAAUUUGUGCUUUUUGUAGGUAUUUAGUCUCUAUUCAGGCGAUGCCAGUUCAUGCAUAGUAAGUGAUGCCUGGAAGAAGCCCAACAUCCUGUAGUGGUGAGGCCUGUUGCUGCACCAGUAGCUGUUACUGGUCUGGAAAAAUUGUGGAAAGUUGGGAUCAGAUGGACUGUUUCUGUUUAAAGGAAGUGAAUCUGUUCCUUCAGUGUCCGGUCAUCUGCAGUAAAUGCUCAGUCAUCAGGAAAGCUACAUGUGGCUUUUUUAUCAUGUACGUGAUGCCACCAGUGUAGGAGGAGUGGAACAGGAAGAGGAAUUUGGAUCAAUCCUCAAGGUCACAUUUUAGUUACUGAAUCAAAAACUGACAAAGGACCAUACAUUUGAAAGAGACUCCUCUUCAUCUCCAAGGCCUCCGCCUAGACAAAGGAAUUUUUGUUUCUGGAACCUGCAAUGAGUGUUUGACACUACCAUGCAGCCCUUAACACAUAACUUUUAAAUACAGUAUGUUUGCUUUGGUUCACUUUUUGCCCUGACCUGGGCGCUGUAUCACUAAGUAAAAUAAACAGAUGCCAAGUUCUG